AGUUCCAUAUAUACAUACAUAUAUAUAGCCAUAUAGAAUCAUUCUAUCCAUAUACCUUCCUUCGUAUACGUAUAACUAUUAAGCUUUGGUGAUACCUGCACACAGACGCCACCAAAGUAAAUGCUAAAAAAAAAUUCGACAGAAUCAAAUGGAAAAUUCCUGCGUUUGUGAAAUUUUCCAGACUCGAAGUCGAAGUUUGCCAAUCUUUCUCUACAGUAUAGGGGUGAUUGUAUUGCACCAUUGAUAACAUUUUUAUAUAUCGGCCAUCCAUGACCACUUCUCCUCCUCCACCGGCAUCUACCAGUAUUAAAACUUCAUCAGAAGUUAGUAAUAAUUUACUGGAAGAACGCGCUUCAACUAUCGGUUGGUACUUUAUUUCUUCUUAUUAUAAAUUUUAUAAUUCAGGAAUUGAAAAUAUUCAUAAAAUUUAUCAUGCAACUGCUUCUUUAACUCAUGAUACUUUCCCAGUUUCUGAAUCAGUUGAAAAUUCAAAUUCUGAAACUUCAGAAACAAUCCAUAAAGCUCAAGGUAUUGAAUCAAUUAAAGCAAGAUUUAAAAAUGAUAAGAAAUUAGCUUCACUUAACAAUAGAAUUGUUAUUACAAAUGCUGUAUUUGAAAUCUCUUUAUCUAAGAAUAUUUUAAUUGUUGUUUUUGGUGAAUGGUCAAGAGAUGAAUCUCCAUUUCAUCAAUUUACUCAAACUUUUGUUUUAACUCCUGGUAAAGCUGAGAAUACUUUUGAUGUAGCUAAUGAUAUUUUAAAAUUCAUUAAUCUUAAUGAAUUUAAGUAUGAUGGUUCUGCUUCUUCUUCAGUUGAAACAACAACAUCCACUACUACUGAAACUGAAUUAAAGGAAGUAAAUGGUUCUACUGAUAAACCAGUUGAAUCAACUAAGGCACCAGAAACUCCAAAAUCUGAAGAAGCUACUGCUGUUGCAACUCCAGAAACUAAGGAUCAAUCUGCUGAAGUUGAAGUUGUAACUGAAACUCAACCUCAAACACAAGCUCCAGUUUCAGCUUCAGCUCAAGUUCAACCUCAAGGUACUACUGAAGUUGAAGCUAGUACUGAAGUUGAACAAGCAAUUGAAACAGAACCAGAAGUUGAAGCUGAAAGUUCUACUAAAGAAGAAACUACUAAAGAAGAUGAAGAAGAUGAACAAAAGAGUCAAAAAUCAUCAGGUCCAUUAUCUUGGGCUGCAUUAGCUUCUCAAUCUGCUCCUCCAAAACCUAAGGCUACUCCUAUUGUUAAACCAACUACUGCACCAGUUAAAAAGGUUACUCCAACUCCUGUUACUGUUAAUGGUAAAUUUAAAAAGGAAGAAUGGUUCCCAAUAUAUAUUCGUGGAGUAUUAGAUAUUGAAGAAAAGAAAUUAAAAGAACAUAUAUCUGAAAAUUUUGGUGAACUUAAAUUCUUUAAAUUAAAUAUGAAUAUUGCCCUUUGUGAUUUUGUUACUGUUGAAGCUCAAAAGAAGGCUCUUGAAGCUAAAGAAACUGUAAUUGAUGGUAUUACAAUUCAAUUAGAACCAAGGGAAUCUAAAACCGGUAACAACUUCCAUAAUGGAAAGAAAGGUGGUAAGGAACAAAAGGAUAAAGCUUCAUCUACUGGGGCUAAUGGUGAUGGUAAGAAAAAGAACGAUAAUAAGAAAAAUGGUAACAAUAACAACACUACUACCAACAAUAACAACAACAACAACAAUAAUAACAACAACAACAAUAACAACAAGAAAAAGGCUAAGCCAGCUGCUAGAACUGAUUAAUUCAUUCUAGAAGUGUUUCUAUGUAUACAUACGUCGUACAUAACCUAAUUUUAAUAGAUUAAUGAAUGUAAAACUAAAAUGGUAGUUGAUAAUGUGCCACAGUACACGACUUUACUUUAUAGUACUUUAUAGUAACUGCGACUGAAAAAAAAAUUAGUAGCUCACU